CCGUCACUGGACAAAGCUGAAGUGAACAACGAUUCGGUGCACAGCCGUGUGUGUUCCCUCACCGCUUUGGAGAAUGUUAACGAAGACAUUCCCAAAGCUGAAGAGAACAGCAGCACUAAUAACACUUCAGUGUACAGCUGGCACAGCUGUGUGUCUUCCCUCACCACUGGGCACGACGCUGAUGUUCCCAGGCAAGGGGGCAUCAGCACGAACAGCAGUACUUCUACAUCUGAGUCCUCUGAGGAGAACAACAGCACUCCUUUGCCAUCGGACGCCAUUCCAUGGAAAAAUGAGGAUGAAAUUAUCUAUUUAAGUUUAAAGGGAAAGACAGGUAAUAUCGAACAGCACUAUGAAAUUGGUAGAAUGCUGGGUGAAGGAUCAUUUGGAAAUGUCUUCGAAGGAACCCGUUUGUCCGAUUCACGAAAGGUGGCAUUCAAAUAUGUGGCGAAGACAGAACACAUGGAAAAUAUUCGUCUUGGUGGAAAAUCUCUUCCAAAAGAGGUCGCUCUGAUGAUUCGUCUGAACAAAGGCCCCAGAGUUCCUCAAAUAAUAAAUCUGCUGGACUGGUAUGAGAAACCAGAAGGAUACAUACUGGUCUUAGAGCGGCCCACGCCAUGUACAGAUUUGCAGAAUUUUUUAAUGCGGCACGGUGGCAAAAUCAACGAGUCAAAAGCACGAGUUGUGAUGCGACAGGUCGUCACUGCUGCAAGGAUAUGCGGUGAAAGGGGUGUCUUCCACAGCGACAUCAAGUUGGAAAACCUGCUCAUCAACCAAAACACCAUGCAGGUGAAAUUAAUAGACUUUGGUUGUAGUAGACCCCUGAAGAAGUCUGCAUAUUCAAGUUUCAGUGGCACAAGAGUUUACGCUCCCCCUGAGGCUUUCCAAAGAAGGUACCACGCCAAGCCUGCAACAGUGUAUUCUCUAGGCGUACUGUUGUUCAAGAUGCUGAGUGGGAGGUACCCUGAAAAGCUGAAACCUCAGACCUUUACCUGGACCUUAAACAGAGCAAACAUUUCCAAAGAAUGCAGAGAACUGAUCAGUUCAUGCCUAGAAAGAGAUCCAGCCAAGCGAAUUCAUUUGGAAAAGAUCAUCCUCCAUGACUGGUUCCAAGCAUUAAUCCUGAAUUCGGAGACGGAGAAAGAGAAAGAGAAAAAGAAGAAAACCGAGUAGUAAGAAGAGGUAGAAAAAGGAGAAAAAUCACGUGUGGAUGUCAUGAGAAAAAAAAAUCCACACGUGCGAGGAAAAAAGGAUAUGUACAUAGAUGCAAAUACAGGUCCAAUCACAGCUUACAUGUACU